GGUUCCACUCCCAGCCAGUCUGACCGAGGCGGGUGUGUUGCUGGUGGUGUGUGACUGCCCGCUCCCUCUCUCUCUCCUCCUCUCACUCUCUCACACAGUGUACACCGCAAGCUUUUUCACCCAGCAGUUACUUCCAAACCUCCCUUCUCUUCUUCACUGUGUUUCUGAAACCUGACAUACGUGGAAACCGCCAUCUGGAAACCUUGUGCGGUUGUUAGUGUGUGGGUUUCAGUUUUUAAAGAAGGAUAUUUACCUAGUUUUAAUAGUGCCCAUGUGGAUGGUGUGUGUACAGUGACUUGGGUGAUCACCAUAAGCGUGUCAUCCAUCGCAGUGGUUGACUUACAGUGCCCAUCCGGGAUAGUACAGUGACUUGGAUAACAGUAUGGUGUUGUAAGUGUCGGCAACUUACUGAAGAACAGAUUCGGUGAUUGGAAAGACGUCACUAAGCUCUCAGGUGGUGGUGUGAGCGGUGUGGCAGUAGAGACGAACUUCCCUGCUGGUGUGGGCGGGAUGGCGGGCAGUGUGUGGGUGGGGCUGAGUGCCAGUGUUCUCGUAGUACUGCUGCUGGGACCUGGCAUCACCUUGGCCGUACAGUUGCCACCACGUGUGAGGGCCUCUGAGGGUGAGAUGCACUUGACAGAGGGUCAGACUGGAGCUGUGUUGGAGUGUGUGCUAGAUGUUGGUGAUGACCCUAUCUCUUACCGCUGGCUCAAGAAUAACGAACUGGUCACUGGCACCUUAGGGUACGCCUACCGAGGGUAUCGUCAGGUCCUCCUCGCUCUCCAUCCAGUCGAGAGGCAACAUGCAGGCAUCUACACCUGCGAGGCAUCCAAUAGUGAGGGGGUUGAUUCCGCUGACAUCCAGGUCAAUGUUGGAAGGAGUGAUGCUCUGCUCCCCAACAAUGCUGAGUUACCUCAUACUGAUGGAAUACUGAGUGACAUUGCUACGUCCCUGAGUGACGUACUGGCAGAGGGGGAAUGUGCGUGUGACACCCUCUUCUUGCUUCACUCCUCACCUGAUGCUCCUCCAGGGAACCUUCCAGCCCAAGCUAACUUAAUAUACACAAUUGCCAGUAGCAUUAUUUCAGAAACUAACAGAGUAAGUUUGAUGACGUACUCAGACUACACAAGCUCAAAGUUAUCUUUUAAAAAGGGAGUGAAUCGCUGUGCUCUACGAAAUGCCUUCAAUGACCUCUCACAGGAGAAGUGGACUACCCGUAUACAGCCUGUUCUCAGAGAAGUUUUUAAGAAAUUUAGGAAAUCUAAGGCAAAUUGCAAAGUGAUAUUUCUGCCCAUCUUUGGCUCGCUUGGGACAGAGGGUGCAGACUUGAUAGAAGCACAGCACCUAAAGAAAAUCGGUGCCAAGAUCUUCAUCCUGGAAAUAACGCCCGAACCCAUAGAAGGAGUGAUGGAAAUGGCAUCCAAACGUGGUGACGGGCAGCCCUACCACUGGCGGGUGCCCCUCCGCAUCUGGUCUACCAUUGUUAUGUACAUGAAGUAUAUGACCGAGGAACUUGUCGGCUGUAUGUCUGAGGCAGAGGACAUACCUAACAAAUGUGUGGGUGCUGGUGGUGCAUGUACAAACAGCAGUAAGUGUGAUGGCAUUAACUACGGCUGUAUAAAUGGCCAGUGUCAGAUGCUUCAGUGCAAGGAGGAUGCCUCGAGCCCAGAAUGUUGCAACAAUUAUGAUCAGUAUUGGUGCGGUGACGUCACAAAUCAGUGCACAUCCAAAAGCAACAAAUGUGACGGUCACUUCCAGUGUAUGAACGGUGCUGACGAGGACAGCUGUUGGUCGAGCCCGUGUCCCUCCGACAAGGUAGCACGUUGCCAGAGUAGCACACUGUGUCUUGGCCUGAUGGACCUGUGUGAUGGUGAACCAGCCUGCCCGGGAGGAGAAGACGAGGACCCACGCUUCUGCAAGUCCUUCCCCUGUCCUGUCAAUAGACCCUUCAGAUGCCGUAGUGGAAAGUGUAUUGAGAAACAGAAUCUGUGUGACGGCGUCUUCAAGGACUGUGAGGAAGGUGAAGACGAAGCCCUGGACUACUGUACACAUGUUCACGUCUGCCCCAACAAUCACCCCAUCAAGUGUGACUAUGGCAUAUGCAUUGCUGAGAAGAUGAUAUGUGAUGGCUCAUAUAACUGUCUUGAUGCAAAAGAUGAACUGGUAUGUGAGAGAAGAAAUUGUCCCGCUGAUCGGCAGUACAAGUGCUUAAGCGGUAUAUGUAUCAGCAUGGAUAAGGUUUGUAAUGGCAUAGAGGACGGAUGUGAUGAUGGCUCUGAUGAGAAGAAUUGCACGAGUUUCCCCUGCCCUACAAAUCGCGACUUCAAGUGUGGCAAUGGUCAAUGUAUUGCUCGAUCGCUCUUAUGUGACACGCAUGACGACUGUGGCGAUAGAACUGAUGAACGUAACUGCGACCCAACGACCACACCAAAGCCAGCUAAGCCAGCCAAACCAACCGAGACACAGAAGCCAGAGGAGCCAGCUUGUAGGGAGGGAGAAUUUUUGUGUGAGAGCGGCAUCUGUAUACAAGAGAAGAGGAUCUGUGAUGGGAGAUGGAAUUGUCCCAAUGGUGAAGACGAGAUCAACUGCAAAUCUCGCCCGUGUCCGUCUCAGCGACCACAUAAGUGUGGUGACGGUACCUGUGUGGUUUCGGCUUCGCCUUGUGAUGGUGUUGAAGAUUGUGAAGAUGCUUCUGAUGAAAUCAACUGUACUCAUAUACAUUGGGAUUAUAAAGAUAAUGAAGAUGAAGAUGAUUAUAAUGACUAUGAUGACUCUGUCUACUCUUUCUAUGACCGCGAUAUGGUACCAGUAAAGGGGGCAUUGCCAGAAGAUGAGGAGCCAAUACCUUCAGAAGAGCCAGUACCAGAGGAAGAGCCGGUACCAGAAGAAGAGCCAGUAGCAGAGGAAGAACCAGUACCAGAGGAAGAGCCAGUACCAGAGGAAGAACCAGUACCGGAAGAGGAGCCAGUUCCUUCAGAAGAGCCAGUUCCAGAGGAAGAACCAGUACCAGAGGAAGAGCCAGUACCAGAGGAAGAACCAGUACCAGAGGAAGAGCCAGUACCAGAGGAAGAACCAGUACCAGAAGAGGAUUCAAUAUAUGAUGAGUACCCAGAGGAAUACGAGUACUACAGUGAAGAGCUAGAUGAGGAGGUUGGUGAUGAAACAUUUUUAGAGGAUUCUUCACCAGGGGAAUAUCCCAUGAAAAUUGAUGAGCAGCUGCCACGAGAAACACACAUGCACCCUAAUGAUGUAAAUGAUGAGGAUCUUGAAGACCCUGAUGAAGUUAGAACUGUACUUGAAGAAGUUGAACCUCCAGCAUCAGCUUCAAGUGAACAAGGAGUAUCUGCUAGUCCCUGUGUGGCGCCCAUCUGUACACUCAUUAUAGCACCAAUGUUCGUCAUCAGUUUUCGAUAUGUGUGGACGAGGUGAAGUGCAAUAGCUCGAGUGAAUCUCUAUUGCUCUGAUCUUUAUUGAAGUCCAUCCCAAGAGGCUAAAUGCUACUUGUUUUCCAUGGAAGUAUUAAGAUGUCUUGGGUAUAUACCUGAGUACUGUAGUCCCAGAUGUUUGGUUCUUUUUUAUUUUUUAUUUUUAUUAUUAUUCUUCUUGUCAAAUGUGUAUACUGCCACUGUACAAUACUUUCUUACACUUACCAUAUCACUUGUAUUAUUUGCUAAUGAUCAGAAAUACACAAAAAAAGAGAGAAAUAACUAUAAGUGUGGAAGUUGUGCAGAGUGAAAGAUACUUACGAUUGUGUUACGAUUUUAUCUUUGCCAGGAAGGAUCAGCUUUGGUGGCUUUUAUGUAUAUUUUAUUUUAUUUUAUGUUUCAUUAUAGUGUUACUGAAACAUACAUUCACUCGCCAGUACAUGAGAAACAAUUUGAUGUACAUGUUAUUUAUAUACUUUUUAAUGAGAUAAAAUUAUAGUAGGUUCGGAUAUCGACAAUAUCUGGAUAUUAUUAUAAGUAUGUUUGGUUUUAGUUUGUACAAUUGUGUGGGAGCAUCACAUAAGGUAGAGUACAUGUUACGGUUUUAUCAGGUAAUUUGAUAAACUAUUUUUUCCACUUUAUUAAUGUCUUACUAAGCACAUUUGGGUUUUAAGUUGUUCAUUGUAUUGAUUAGUGAAAUACAAAUAUUGUUAAGUAUUCUCCAUGAAAACUUUUUGAGAGUAAGAGUAUGAGUUGAAAUGAUAUUAUCUUGUAUAUAUAGGUAAUGAAAGUGUACAAUGGUAUCCAAAGAAUUAGAAGAACUCUGGGAAUUUCAUCUGAUGCUGAAGUUGAUAGCCCUGUGAGAGACGUUGUUCUUCAGUUUGGGCCAAUGCUCUGGGGAGUGUAUGAUAAUUAGGAGGCAAGACUUUUGCUGAUUUAAUCAAGCUUUACUAUUUAAGCUUGACAUCACAUGCAAAAAUAUAUGAACAGUAUCCUAGUUAACUCCUUCCAGGUCUGUUUAUAUUUCAGUUUAAUUUCUUAAGCUACAAAGUCUGUACCCAAGAAACUGUAUGUGUUGAGUAGGAGCUGUUGUCCUUUUACAGGUCUUCUUAACUACAAGUUUGGUUCAUUGAAUGGUAGGAAGUGAGGCCACAGUCAUGAUGUAGCUCAGUACACUCCAGUCAACGGUCAGGUUCCCAAAUGUGAACCAAAAUAACCAGAGUUAUUUAGGUGAUAUGUGUAGAACGCCCUCCGUUGUCCACAGAUGUUCACCAUAACGUCUCCCUAUGCAUAAUAUUAGAAGUAUAGUUUAAGGAUCUGUAGAGGGUCAUUGUUCUAAUGUAAAUAUAAAAAAAUAGAAGAAAUUUAAGACAGUGACCACAACUUGUAUACAUUAGAAGCAUAACUUAUCAUUGGUUGUUUGCCUCACACCUGCUGUAGCUGCAUCACACUAAGUAAAUGUGUCAAUUGCAGUUGUCUGAGAAUAAAGUAGUUAAUUGCAUGCAGGUGUAGUUAUAAAUGGUUUUAGUUGUAUACAUAUGUAGAUAUUCUUGGUUGUUCCUCUUCACAACUGUGGUCACAUAAAGCUGUCGCUACUGUACUGCACAGCACAACUAAUGUAUAGCUGCUGUUACUUAAAACUGUAAGUACCUACAGUUGUUAUUGCUUGAAGUUAUACAGUAUAUUCCUACAGAUGGUUUUAUUUAAUUAUAAACUGACUCAGUAUAGUCAAUAUACAGUUUAUGAAGCCUUGGUUGAAAACAUUUGUUGUUGCGAUCAUUUGUACAAAUUAUUUUACUUUGUGGUCUGGACUGAGUGUUUCAUGUAACUGGUCCUACAGUGAAGGCUGAUGUGUCAAGAUAAGACAUUAAAUUGUGCUCAGACAGUUCUAAUUUAUUGCAAUAUGUUAAUUUUGCAAUAGCAGAAUCUCCUUUCAAUAAAAAAAAGUAUACAUAUUACAAAAUGAAGUAAUACAGUGUGUAGAUUGACGUAAAUAAUUGUUUAGAAAAUCAUAUAGCGAUAAGUUGGUGGGGCAAAUUUACAUUAAAAGAAAUACAGUACAGUAGUUACAUAUUAUUUUAUCUUUGUUUUUCUUAAUUGUUUUUAAAAACAGACAGUACUGUAUUUAUCAUAGCAUAAAAGACAUGUGUUAGACAUAAUACUGUACAAGGAAUAAGAAAACUUGAGAUGAAUUUAAUUAAAUAAUUAUACAGUAUAUGUAUUUAUGAUUAUUGCAAACAUUCUUAUGCUUUCUGAUAAAGUAUUGAAAAUAGAUUCCCUAAGAAGCUGCCAGGUGCAGAGUAAACUUUUAUCUCUAGUAUUUAUCAUUACAACACUUAAUUGACAUCAUGUUGGCUACUUCAGGAAUGAGUUGUUUAACAUAACUAUUUGAUAAUCUGAACUUGUAAAACAACAAUGUGAAUAUUGUAUGCAAGACUUAGAGUUAGGAUACUACUGCCUCUUUUUACAUUACAUACUAUAUUACAUCCUGCAGUCUGUGAGGGAGCUGUGAGGUCUGAUGGCAUCCCUUCAAUAUGAGUCGAUGAAAAUCUCCUUCUCACAUGCCCCUUACCUCAAUGCUGAGGUGUACAGUUGCCUGCACUUGAGCCUGGUAGAGUGACUGAUGCAUUUUAAGAGAUGUGGCAUCUCUGUUUGUUUACAUCAUAUUAAAACUCCUGGAGUGGCUGUAAGGAAACUCACAAUUGUAGCUGGUCUAGGGAUGCAAAAUUAGCAUUCCACAGAGUUGCCACAUAUCACAAAACAUGCCAGUAUUGCCACAUAUCACAAAACAUGCCAGCCUUUGUACUGUACCAGGUUUAACCAAAGGCGACUGUUUGUAUUGUUAUUUUUUAUUUAAUAUACUGUAUAUACAGUAUACGCAUUUCUUGUGUGUAAUAUUUCCUGAGAGGUUAAUAAAGUAAAAAUUUAUUAUUCUUGCCAGUAAGAUUUAAAGGCAGACUUGUGUCUAUGGCUGUACACACACACAUACACAUAUGUAUGUAUGUAUUUACACUUAAUCCCACAUACAGUACAGUUCAUACACUUAUUGGUUGAUCAGGAUGAUCUGUAAGGUCUAGGAGGAUUAAUGACUGUAAUGCUUAACUGUUUGUAUCUCAACCUUUAUUGGCAUUAGAUAUAAAUGACAAAAUUAUCUCUGUUGUGUGUCCGUAUAAAACUGGAGGAAGUGACAGUAGCUGUGUCUGUCAGUCUUCAUCUGCUUCUAAAUGGUGAUGUUUUUGUAUCAGUGUAAAGUAACAAGAUUUAUUUCCUUCUUGAAAAUCUAUUGCCAAGUUCUCAUUCAACUUUUACAUCAGGUGAAAAUAUCUAGAAGAUGAGAUUUAUAACUAUGUGGGUUGUUCUAUAAGUGAUAAAACUGUACUGAUAAUCCUAUAUGCACAAAAUUCCACACUUGGUUUUGAUUCACUGGGAACACUGACAUGGAGUGGUGUUCCCUCUGGUCCAAAACAGUUAACCUGCCUUUGAUGAUACAGCAGUGUAGGCAUGAGAGGUAGAGAGGUGAUUCUGUACAUAGUGUAUAGUAUAGUGACUCCUUUAAUCCAUAAUGUUAAUAAUUCAACUUAUAUAAGAUUGUAUUACAUAAUAAAUGUAUCAUAAAGUUA